GGUGUGGUGUAACCUGGCUGCUCUGCGACAGCUCCCAGCUCCUCCUACCUGCAGAGGGAGGAUCCAGAAGAGCUGCCAACUGGUGACAGCGCCUCUGUUCCACUGACACACAGCAGACUCUCACAGGAAGCCGCCCCGUCUAGCCGACAUGCCUGCGUAUUCCGACCUGGAGAAGGCCAUUGAUACACUGGUCAGCCAGUUCCAUUCAGCCUCAGCGGACAACAGUCCAACACUGAAAACAGAUGAAUUCAAAGGUCUUUUGUCCUCCCAGAUGCCUAACCUGACGAAGGGGGUCAACACAGACCAAGGAAUGGGAGAUAUUCUGAGAAAGAUGGGUGUGGGAGAUGGCGAAGGCAUCUCUUUCAAACACUUCUGGAGCUUAAUUGAGUCAGUAGCCUCUGACCAGCAUGGUAUCCUCAGUCGGGCGGGUUCAUCAUGCAGCUGCAUUCUCCUGUGAAGGGCAGGCUUUCAGCUUGUUAACAAGUUCUCAGCCUGGAGUUCAACAAAUGUUUCCAACUUUCAUAUUUACAUUUUAAGGAUAGGAAAUGUCUGAUGUUAUUUCCAAUGCCACCCAUUGUUUUUUAACCCUUAUCGUAGAAGAGGUUAGGUAUAUAAAUCGUGUAAUCUUUAUCUGCCAAUGAUUUCAUCUCUGUCACUGUCAUGGGAAAUAAAUCACAACUUCUGAGAGUAAAUACAACUGGAAAAUGUACUGAUUCUACAUGGAAUGAAAUAAUAUCUCAUUAACUCCCAGAUUUUUCUUCUGCCGAAGCUGAAAUUUUGCUUGAGAUUUCCUUUGACAGAUAAAACAGUUUUUUUUAAAUAAACAAACCUAAUA